UCUCCAAAGGCCUGGUGGGGAACCCUUUCUGGAAGUGGCUGAUUAACGAUUAUAGGGCCUGCUGCCGAGCUUGCGUGACCCUUACAACUCCACGAAAUCCUCAGCUAAUCUCGGCAAGGCUGGGGGGGAGUGCGAUUAGCACCUCACAGGUGACCUGCACGGUAAGUCUAUCGCCAGGCUGUCGACGCUUAUGGACUUUGAAAGCGCUUUUCUGUCUUGUCCAUUUGCUUUUUGGAAGGAAUCCUUGGAACUAAUAAUGAAUCCCGAUGUCUUUUUUCCCGAUCCGUCCUCCAAGUGACUGUAGUCCUCUUGUUGAAAUCAUGCAUCAAAUCCUCAGGACGUUUGUGUUGAUCUGCUGCUUUCACACGGCUUGUCCCUUCUGUCCGGCCCAGUGCACUUGUGUUUUCCAUGGACGUAGCGAUGGAACGGGAACCAGGUCUGUGCUCUGCAAUGACCCCGACAUGUCCGACAUCCCCGUCAAUGUCCCGGUGGACACCGUCAAGCUCCGGGUGGAAAAGACCGCCGUCCGCCGAGUGCCGACAGAAGCGUUUUACUACCUGACGGAGCUCCGUUACCUGUGGAUCACAUACAACUCUAUCACCUCGGUGGACACGGGGAGUUUCUACAACCUCAAAGUGCUCCACGAGCUGAGGCUGGAUGGCAACGUGAUCUCUGUUUUCCCGUGGGAGUCCCUCAAGGAGAUGCCCUUGUUGAGGACCUUGGACCUGCACAACAACAGGCUCACCAGCAUUCCCGCUGAGGCCAUUCCCUACCUGGAGAAGCUUACGUACUUGGAUCUGUCCAGCAACAAAUUAGCAACCCUGCCCUCGGACCUCAUGGAUAUUUGGCCUCCGUUUAACGGCGAGCCAGUCACAUCAAAUGCUUCCCAAAAGGUGGUGCUGGGCCUCCAAGACAACCCCUGGUUUUGUGACUGCAAGAUAUCCAAGUUAAUCGAGAUAUCCAAAAUGGCAGUAACACCCGUCAUUCUGAUGGACCUGUUCCUGACCUGCAGCGCACCCGAGAACCUCAAUGGCGUCCUCUUUCAGCGCGCCGAGCUCGACAAUUGUGUCAAGCCUUCGGUCAUGACGUCUGCGACCAAGAUCACGUCCCCGCUCGGUAGUAAUGUUCUCCUGCGAUGUGACGCAACAGGGUACCCGACACCAAGCCUAUACUGGUCUCGGUCUGAUGGAUCACUAGUUAACAACACAGUACAGGAGUCACCAGGGGAUGGCAUCCGAUGGUCCAUCAUGAGUGUACAUGGGAUCCUGCACAAAGAUGCUGGGGACUACAGCUGCAGAGCCAAGAAUGACGCUGGUGCAGCAGAAGCUACCAUAUCCCUUUCAGUGGCCGGCACGAUGAGCACCACUAUCUCUCCGGUGAUGCCCGAUGUUGGGACGGGACCAACAGGCUCAGGCUGGACAUACAGUCCUGGAGGAGAUGUAACCAUCUUCACCUCGACCGUUCCCAUGGCCCGGACAACUGCAGUGGCCCUCUCAGCCAAGCCAAAGACAUCUUCAAGUAUCCAAAGGGGUUCGCUUAAGCCCGCAAAGAUCCAGCAAGGCGGUGGCGGGCGAAAGUUUGUGUCGGAUGAGAAAAGUAAGAAAAGCGAGUCGUCAAAGUUGGUCAAAGACUUGGAGAUUGUGGAUGAAACAUCUGACAGUGCGGUUUUGGUCUGGAAGGCAGAGGGGUUACCCAAGAACUCUCCCCUCACCGUUGUUUAUUCCCCUUAUGGCGAAGAUGGCGAGGAUGACUACAAAAGAACAGUGGAGACUAAUGCAGGCAGUGGCAAAAUUCUGUUGGAGGAACUCUCACCUGGUAUAAGAUACUCGGUUUGCCUCGUGGCCAAGGGUAGUGCUGCCGCAAAGGACCCUUGCAUUGACUUUUACACGCUGGACAAUUUUGAGGAGGGAGGGCAGAACCAGCUUUUCAUCAUCAUCAGCGGUAUUGCCUGCGCCUUGGCGCUGCCGCUCAUCGGCCUGCUGCUCUACAAGAUCCUCGCCCUCUACUACAAGGCGAGUGAAGCCACUCCGGAUGAAGAGGAGCUGGAGAAGGAGAGCUAUGUCAAAUUCGAGACCAUCAACAUGAAGCAAAGGACCAUGAACCCUCACCCGACAGAGCUUUGGGCAAGGAGGCCCACUCAUGAGUCGGAAAGACUGCUGCUCUGCUCUCGCUCAAGUAUCGACUCCCAGAUGACCUACAAGAGUGAUAGUUCACGGUCCGAGUAUCUCUGCUGAUACCAGUGCACAUGUGUUUAAAUGCCUAUGAUAAACCAUUGAAAAAAAAAUCAACAUGGAGAGGAUAAAACACAUACACUUUAAAAGAUUUAGCAGUGGUGGGCCGUACAUUUGUGACCUGGGCCUUCAGUGGGGAUUUAUCCAACUGAAUCCACCUCUUAAUAGAACCACGAUCACAUUGCAAUUAUAGUCACCAUCAAUACCACACAAAAAUGCAAUUGUGCCACAUAAGUCAUCUGCAGAAUCAAUAAUUAUCUCAUAUAGAUGAUAGAAAAAUGUUAUAAAACUCAUUGCACACCAGAGAUUCUUAUAUUUUACCAGCACAACUGACUCUGAAGUUCCUCGGCAGAUUAGAAUGACAUAGCAAUGCAGAGAGGCUCAAAUCGCAUUAGACAACAUUUUGAAUGUAAACAUACUGGAAGCAGCGUAACCAAUAGAACCCCUGCAAAAUGAAGAGGAAAAGGAUUCACUGCUGCAAUUUAGAAACCACCCUUUAAUGCUCCCACAGGUUUGUUCCUAUGCUUGACUGAGAUAGUUAUGCAUGCCCUUAUCCAUCUUGUAGCCUUACAGUAUAUCUGUUUAAAAUUUUCAGACAGUGUCACAACAAGCCAAGAACUUUGGUGGACUGGCGCAUAAUACCAAGCAAAGUGUGUUUUUUUUUUCCUUGUGAUAUUCAAUGCCAAAAUUAGGCACUAGAUAUGAAUAUCAUAUGCGACACUAGUCAAGUCAUUUAUUCGUAGCCAUUUCUUGUUACCCACAACAUCCAAGGAUGCCUUACCUGACUAAUGUUUAUAAAAUGUGACUCAGAUGAAAGGUUGCCACUUUUUGUCUUU